AUGGCGGGCAGGUUACGCGAGCAGCCCAAACGCCACAGGCGAAGCCGGGAACUUGGCCGCGAACACCCUAUCUUGCAGGUGGGGCGGAGCCACGGCGGAGGCGGAGCUACGGCCGAGAGGCGGGUUUUGAAUGGAGGCGCUGUUUCGGACCAAGAAAAUCUAAACAGAACCUUUCAAGGCUUAGAUUCCCGGACUUCCGGUUCUCUGAUAUCCAUAGGCCUCACCCUCCGAUUUCUCUUCUGUGUGAUCGGCAUUGAGAUUCAUCCAGCCAGCCAGCCAUCCACUCAUUCUUUUGUCACCACACUGGGAUUAUCGUCUACUGAGGAUGAGGGUGAGGACCCCUGGUACGAGAAAGCCUGCAAAUGUGAUUGCCAAGGAGGUGCCAAUGCCCUCUGGUCUGCUGGUGCCACCUCCUUAGACUGCAUACCAGAAUGCCCAUAUCAUAAGCCCCUGGGGUUUGAGUCGGGAGAAGUUACACCAGACCAGAUCACCUGCUCCAACCUGGAGCAGUAUGUGGGCUGGUAUUCCUCAUGGACAGCUAACAAGGCCCGGCUCAACAGUCAAGGCUUUGGGUGUGCCUGGCUCUCCAAGUACCAGGACAGCAGCCAGUGGCUACAGAUAGAUCUGAAGGAGGUCAAGGUGAUUUCAGGGAUCCUCACCCAGGGGCGCUGUGACAUCGAUGAGUGGAUGACCAAGUACAGCGUGCAAUACAGGACGGAUGAGAACCUGAACUGGAUUUACUAUAAGGACCAGACAGGAAACAACCGGGUCUUCUAUGGAAACUCAGACCGAACCUCCACAGUCCAGAACCUCCUGCGGCCCCCCAUCAUUUCCCGCUUCAUCCGGCUGAUCCCGCUGGGCUGGCACGUCCGCAUUGCCAUCCGGAUGGAGCUGCUGGAGUGCGUCAGCAAGUGUGCCUGA